AUGCCUUUCUCUGAUGCUUCUUAUUCACACAGGACACUGCCCAAAAAAUACUUUGAGGAAAUCAGCAACACAAUUGCCAAUUUUAACAUUCAUGGCCUGAUCAUCAUUGGUGGUUUUGAGGCUUUCACUGGUAGCCUGGAAUUGAUUGAUGGCCGAGCCAAGUUUGAGGAGCUCUGUAUCCCACUCUGUGUGAUCCCUGCCACUGUCUCCAACAACGUUCCUGGCUCUGACUUCAGCAUUGGAGCAGACACAGCCCUCAACACCAUCACGGCGACUUGCGAUCGUAUCAAGCAGUCCGCAGCUGGUACCAAGAGGCGGGUGUUCAUCAUUGAGACCAUGGGAGGCUACUGUGGCUACCUAGCUACUAUGGCAGGUUUGGCUGCUGGAGCAGAUGCAGCCUACAUUUAUGAAGAUCCUUUCACCAUCCAUGACUUGGAGAUGAAUGUGGAGCAUCUGACUGAGAAAAUGAAGACCACAGUGAAGAGAGGCCUAAUAUUGAGGAAUGAGAAAUGUAAUGAAAACUAUACCACUGAGUUCAUAUACAAUUUGUAUUCUGAGGAAGGAAAAGGCAUUUUUGACACGAGGAAGAAUGUUUUGGGACACAUGCAACAGGGUGGAUCACCAACUCCAUUCGACAGGAACUUUGGAACAAAAAUGGGUGCCAAAGCAGUGGCGUGGAUGUCCAGCAAGAUCAAAGAAUGCUCCAGACAUGGUCGUAUUUUUGCCAACACUGCUGAUUCAGCUUGCCUCCUGGGUAUGCGCAGACGAGCACUUGUAUUCCAGCCUCUCAAUGAACUUAAACAAGAGACAGAUUUUGAGCACCGCAUCCCCAGGACCCAGUGGUGGCUGAAGCUUCGUCCCAUCUUGAAGAUUCUUGCCAAGUACAAGAUUGACUUGGAUACCUCAGAGACAGCCCACUUAGAGCAUAUAACCCGCAAGAGAGUAUCAGGUGAAGGUGCUCUGUGAACAGCUAAUGAGACCGAUACAGUUCUCUCUUAAAUUAUCAUGCUUAAAAUAAAUUCUAUAUUGUCAGUUCCUUCCUCUGUUUAGCAUGCAGCUGUCCAUCUAGUGUCUUUCUGUGAAUUGUUGGGACUACAUUCAUGCCUGCUACAGUUGAAGGAAGCAAGUGACAGUACAUCAUGAUAAAAGUGCUAUACCUCAGUAUAUAAAUUUAUGGGCUGAGAAGUAAUAUCCAUUCUUUAUUAUGUCUUGCCCCUCUCUUAUAAAGCUCUGGGAAGUUUCCAUGGGUUCCUAGCAGUAGGAGCCCUGGUGGCACAGUGGUUAAAUGCCUGUACUGCAGCCACUCACUCAAAACCACAAAGUUGCGAUUUCAAGACCAGCAAAAGGGCUCAAGCUUGACUCAGGCUUGCAUCCUUCCGCAGUGGCCGUUUCACUGGUCCUUUUGCUUUAAGAUUAGCUGUUCCUAGUCCAUUCACAAAGGCCCUGCACAGUUGUAAGGCAUGGAACUCAAAAGGAUUUUAACUGCAUUGUAUUGAUGUUUGAACUGGACUGAAUUUACUAUUAGGAUACCUCUUCCAUUUGAAUUUAAAAUUGGCUACUAUCUCAGAAUGCAUUUGUGGGGUUAAUUUACAGUUGUGCUUUCAUAAUUCAGUCUUUUAUGUGCUUAAAAUAAAACAAACUGUUUGAGUAGA